AUGGAACCUACCAUCGUGCUCUUUCUCACUCUGUUCCUGGCCUUCUUAGUGCUCCUGGUCAGAGGCCACUCAAAGGCGCAUGGCCGCCUCCCACCAGGACCCCGCCCUUUGCCCUUCUUGGGAAACCUCUUGCAGAUGGACAGAGGAGGCCUCCUCAAUUCUUUCAGGCAGUUUCGAGAAAAAUAUGGAGAUGUGUUUACCUUGUACCUGGGAUCAAAGCCGGUGGUCAUGUUGUAUGGGACAGAGGCCAUAAGAGAGGCUCUGGUGGACCAAGCGGAGGCUUUCUCUGGCCGGAUAACAAUUGCUGUGCUUAAACCUAUUUUCAUGGACUAUGGUGUGAUCUUUGCCAAUGGGGAACGCUGGAAGGCCCUUCGGCGAUUCUCUCUGGCCACCAUGAGAGACUUUGGGAUGGGAAAGCGGAGUGUUGAGGAGAGGAUUCAGGAGGAGGCCCAAUGCCUGGUAGAGGAGCUACGGAAAUCUCAUGGAGCACCUCUGGACCCCAAGUUCCUCUUUCAGUGCAUCACAGCCAAUAUCAUCUGUUCCAUUGUCUUUGGAGAGCGCUUUGACUACAAAGAUGGCCAGUUCCUGCGCCUGCUGGACCUGUUCUAUCAGACUUUCUCAAUCAUUAGCUCACUAUCCACUCAGAUGUUUGAGUUCUUUUCUGGCUUCCUGAAGUACUUUCCUGGUUCCCAUGUACAAGUUUGCAAAAACCUGCAGGAAAUCCUUGACUACAUUGGACACAGUGUGGAGAAGCACAGGCUAAACUUGGACCCCAGUAAUCCAAGAGACUUCAUUGAUACCUACCUUCUACGCAUGGAGAAGGAGAAGUCCAUCCCACACACGGAAUUCCAUCACAAGAACCUUGUGAUCACCGUGCUGUCUCUCUUCUUUGCUGGCACCGAGACCAGCAGCACCACGCUCCGCUAUGGCUUCCUGCUCAUGCUCAAAUACCCCCAUGUCGCAGAAAAAGUCCAGAAGGAGAUUGAUCAGGUGAUCGGUUCAAACCGCCUACCAACCCUUGACGACCGCACCAAAAUGCCAUACACUGAGGCUGUCAUCCAUGAAAUUCAGAGAUUUUCAGACCUUGUUGACAUCUUUGUAUCUCAUAAUGUCUCCUAGGACACUGAAGUGUACCCCAUCCUGAGCUCAGCUCUCCAUGACCCACAGCACUUUGAACAACCAGAUACCUUCAAUCCUGACCACUUCCUGGAUGCCAAUGGGGCACUGAAGAAAAAUGAAGCUUUUAUGCCCUUCUCUAUAGGAAAGCGCAUUUGUCUUGGAGAAGGCAUCGCCCGCAACGAAUUGUUCCUUUUCUUCACCACCCUCCUCCAGAACUUCUCUCUGUCCAGUCCCAUGGCUCCCAAGGACAUUGACCUCAGUCCCAAGGAGAAUGGCUUUGGAAGAGUGCCCCCAGACUACCAGAUUUGCUUCUUGGCCCGAUAA